CACGCGCGCCACGAUCCGCUCUCCGCCCGACGUGCUGGCUGGCCGCGCCGCGACGCUGCACCGGCGAGCACGCACACUGUCGCAAGCACAGCGACCCGUGCAUUGGGCACUUGCGUUGCCGGGCGCGAGCCGUCGGGUCUCUGUCUGUUCGAAACCUCCCAUUGAACCCCUGCUCCCGCAGCGCGGGCCAAUCGCACGGGCGCCCUCGGGUCGUCUGCUUUAAAACCUUGGACUCUCCGCCUGCGACGCUUUGGCGCCGUCACGAUCACGGAGGCGGGGCGUUGUCGACGCGACUGACGAGGCAGGCGACUGACGAGGCACGCGCAAGACGUGCGUCUGUCUGCACUGAAGAGCAACGAACGACAAAGAAGCUGCCGACGCAGGUCGAGACACACUGUUUACGACUGACGAUCGACGACCAACGACUGACGACCGACGACCGACGGCCGACGACAGAAUCGCAACGACGACAACAACCGCCACCCGCCUGAGCAGCGCCCGCGGCCCAGCAGCGGCCAGGACCGGGCACAAUGGCCGUCUCGUCGUACCUCAGCGGCAGCUCCGUCGGCUACAACCGCCGCGUCGUCAGCCACAUCCGCACGUACAGCUGGCCGCCGUGGCAGCUCAACUUUUGGAUCUUUGUCAUGCUGCUGGCGUCGGCGAGCAUCGUCGGCGUCUUCUCCACGUUUAUCCAGAUGCAGGUGCAGCUGGAGCUGCCCGUGCCAUGGUACUUUCCCUACUACAUCACCGUCGGCGGCCUCGCCAUCCUCUUCAUCGCGGGCAUCUUUUGGCUCAUCGCCAACCGGCGCCUGCUGCCGGCCAUUGUCAUGAUCGGGGCGUUUAUGCUCUUCGUCAUGUGGCUCGUCGGCCUCGUCGUGGUGUCGAUGCAGCUCUGGGGGCCCAACGGCUCCGUGCAGAGCAACUGCAACCUGCAGGUGUUUAACCAGGACCCGCGCGGCCUGAGCAUCGAGACGCUGGCGUGGAUGCAGCAGCGCAACAUAUGUGAGUCGGUGCGCGUGUGCGUGUCGGAUGCGGUGCUGACGCCGUCCAGGCCAGUCGUGGCAUCUGGUGUUUGCCAUGGCGCUGACGGGCUCGAUAUUCCUCGUCUGGGUCAUGAUCAUGGCGUACCAGGUCUUUGUCAACUCGUGAUGCAUCGUCUUUGACUGCGGUGCGUG